AUUUAAAUUGAAUUUUCGAGAUGGAUUUGAUGAUUCAUUCCUCAAGGUUCCUCCUUCCUUAUUUUCCUGCCAACAACGGCCCGUCUCAAUCGUGCGCACUGGUAGUACUAAACCAACCCAUCCCUCGAUUCACUCCUCUGCUCUGGAACCACGCACGACUUCGUGUUUGUGCAGAUGGCGGAGCGAAUCGACUGUAUGAUGAGUUGCCGCAAUUGUUUCCUGAUGAACAAGCCUCGGCUAUUCGAAAAGGGUAUAUGCCAGAUGUAAUAAAAGGAGACAUGGAUUCGGUUAGAGCAGAAGUAUUGGAGUUCUAUACAAAUCUUCUUGCGUAUCAAAUGCAGGGAACCAAUGCAAUAGAUGCUUCUCAUGAUCAGGAUACCACGGACUUACAUAAAUGUGUAGCAUACAUUCGUGACUUACCAUAUCUGGAGAAUCAUAAUUUAUACAUUCUUGUUGCUGGAGCCCUUGGUGGGAGGUUUGACCAUGAGGUUGGAAAUAUCAACGUACUAUGUUUUUUCUCAACAACCCGAAUAAUACUUCUAUCGGAUGAUUGCCUAAUCCAACUUCUUCCAAGUAGUCAUCAUCAUGAGAUCCAUAUCCAGUCCUCUGUUGAGGGCCCGCAUUGUGGACUCAUUCCCAUUGGCGUACCAUCUAGAAGCACUACAACCACUGGGCUUCGGUGGGAUCUUACUGAGACAGAAAUGAGGUUUGGUGGCUUGAUCAGUACUUCAAACAUCGUAAAAGGGGAGAGAGUAACUGUCAAAUCUGAUUCGGACCUCCUCUGGACUAUAUCCAUUAAAAAGGCAUUGCUUAUGAGAUGAAUUGUGCAACUUGUAGAUGAUUAUUGAUUCGGCUGAAUUAUUCGUUGUGAUGCUUCUUUUAUAUUGAACGGGCUUGAUGCUUUUAAAGUUCUGUAUUCAUUAGCUCCAUUCUUGUUCUAAUUUGUGUAUGAUGACUUUGAUUCUUUAUUCGAAGAAAUGCUUCAGGCAGGUUAGCAUCAGUGUUUGUAUAGCACCUCAAACGUUCGAGGAAUGAAAUUAGCUUUGGUGAUUUUUGUUAAA